AGUCAAACUUAAUUUCUUACUUAACUUAAAGUUACCUGAAUAGGUGACUUAAGUCAAUAAUUUGGUCUUAUUUCUCAUAACUGAACGUCUUUUCUCAAUUAUAUUUGAAAAUUUGCCAAAGAGAACUGCAGAUUGGUAACACCAUCAACUAAAACUCUUAAUUCCUUUGCAUGAAAGUUUUUACUCCGUAAUUUCUCUUCUUCUUUGUUUUUUACAUUUUCCAUCUAAGAGGUGAAUAAAAUUCAAUAUAAAGAAACUUUUAAAAGCAUUCUGUAAUAUCGAUCGGUUUCUACAUACAUAUGAGAUUGAUAAGGUAUGAUUUUCACGGUAACAGUAGUACACGCUUUAUAUUUAAUAGAAAUGGAAACCGUAUAACCAAAAACACGGCGUUUGGAUCUAAGGAANAGACAAACAACAAAGUGAACUAGCGAAAGGAUAAAAGAUCAAAGUUUAUUCUUCCAAAAACUCUAUUAAAAGCGUCGUAUUUUUGAAUAAAUUUCUAAAAUUCACAAAAAAAUCCGAUCGCGCGUCCACACGUUACUUGCAAUAUCAUUAUGAGCAGCUUUAUUUCUCUAAAAUUUUCUCCUUAGUGAUAGCUAAAUAUAUGAUGGUAAUGCACUUAAAGUGCAUUCGUUUUGACUUAAGUCAAAUUCUUUACUUAGCUGCUAACUCGAACUUAAGUUGUGUUUUUUGAAACAGACUUCAGUGAAAAAUUAAGUUUGACUUAAGUGGCACUUAACUUUAACUUAGUUUUGGACUUAAGUCAUUCACUUAAGGGUCCCCCCCUCAGAAAUAAUCUCCGACACCAUACAUCCGAUCUUGACGAAACUUCGCCAAAUGUUUGGCUUAGUGAGUUACGAGAAUGAAAAGUUUUUUUUGUCUCCAAGUCUUACCGUCUAGGAGUUUUCUAGAGAUCAAGGUUCAAAAAGGACCCUGAAGUGUUUCCCAAAAUUUUUUAAUAUACUUCGAGCUGGAGAGUUCGGGUUUGUUUUGUUUUAAACUAGACACCUAACUACAUCGUCUGACCGGCGCCGAUUUUUCGUCUCAAAAGGUUCUUUUUAAGAGAAUAAAGAAGAAAAAUACAAGUCUCGUUAAAAUAUAUAAUUACUGAAAAUCUCAGCUCGUCCCGCGAAACCUCAGAUCUAAUAAUCGCCUCCGUCUGCUAGCUAGGAAAGCCAUAUGUUGUGUUGGUCAGUCCAGUGACUAGAUCUUGUUAUAAGAUAAUGUAAAAUCUUAUGAAACCUUGUAACGUCUUGUUGUAAGAUCUUCCACGAUCUGAUUAUAAGAAGUGACAAGAUCUUGUAAGAUCUUAUAUGACCUGGUGACAAGAAAAUGCAUAGAAUUCAAUAACGUCUCGUACAAGAUUUUGUAAGAUCUUACAAGAUCAUAUGAAUUCUUGUCAUAAGAUCUCAUAAGAUCGAUCACUCAUCUCUACCACAUAAAUUUUGCGACGAUACAUAGUAUAUAUAUAACAUUUUGUGGAGAGAAUCUGCGACACAAUUUACUGCGAUAUAUAAAUGCGACACAUUAUUUUUUACUGUAAUUCUUUGUUGACAUAUUUAUGUUAUCUAGUAUACAAGAACCAAACGACUGGAAGUGUACAUGUGGUGAGAUCAAUUUUAGGUCUCGCCCAGUUUGCCGUAAAUGUUCUAACAAUAAAAAUUCCGUCGUCCCUCAAGUCCAACGAAAACCAGGGGAUUGGAAUUGUUCUUGUGGGCAGCUAAAUUUUGCAUCUCGAACAUCUUGCUUCAAAUGUAAUAAAAGUAAACAGAUUACUCCCUCUACAUCACAAAUCGCAGCGCCACAACAAUCCGCAGGGGACUGGACUUGUGAUACGUGUGGGAAUUUGAAUUGGGCCGUACGUCUCGCGUGCAAUAAAUGUGGUAAGAACAGAACGGAAGUGUACAACCACCCAAGUACACCGAUAUCUCGUAAACCAGGCGAUUGGAAUUGUGAAGGAUGCCAACAUGAUAAUUUUGGUUCACGUGUUGUUUGUCGUCAAUGUGGUGCUGCUCGACCACAAAAUGAAAAAUCGACUGAGCAUGUUAGUGGUGAUUGUGUUGUUUGCUUUGAUAAACCAAUCGACUCUGUGAUAACGACAUGUGGACAUUCGGCAUUGUGUUUAGAAUGUGGCAAGAAAAUUACACAAUGUCCUAUAUGCCGGCAAAAUUAUACUUCUGAUCAAAUAAUUAAAUUUUAUAACGUACAUUAA